CCGGACUAGAGCCCCUCUCCUCCUGCCACUUCCCUGAGGCCGCGGAGCCUUCUAUUUCCGGUUACCGCUUCUGUCGUAAAGCCGAGACCUCCCCGCGAACGUGGCGUUGUGGGUCCUUCGCGCCUCGCCUGUGGUCAGCUAGCAAGGACGGGCGCGGGCGGGGAUACUUUACAGCCCAAACUGGACACAGUCUUCGCGUACCGGACCCGUGUUGGCACCCCGAUCCCUCAGAGAAGGCUGGCUUUUGAGCCCUCACGAUGAAGGGUACCCGACGCGCAGGCUCCGGGACGGCCGCUCGAGAGGACAGCGUUUAUCCGCCCAUACCUCUCUCCCAGUUAGGCUCUACACUGUGAGGUGCAGCAUUUGAUAGGUCACCCCCUCCCCAAAGACUGCUUCCACCCAUGUCCGCAUUAACUUCGUUCUCAACCUCCUUAAUUUGAAAGAUCCCUCUCCACGCUUCCAGAAGAGGUCUUUUUCCCCCAGUUAAAUAUCAUCCCCUUAGCCUGUAAAAUUGAGUACGGAGUUUCGGAUAUCUGGCAGAAAAAUUAUCUUUAAGACGGAGCACCCAUUUGAUCCAAAAAAGAGGUUCAUGCUCACUACAGAGCCUGGGAAAAAGUGAAGCCCAGUAAACACAGGAAACGAUGGCUGAGCAUGGGGCUCACAUCACAACUGCUUCUGUGGUGGAUGACCAGCCAUCCAUCUUUGAGGUGGUAGCACAGGACAGUUUAAUGACAGCAGUGAGACCCGCCCUUCAGCAUGUGGUCAAGGUUCUUGCAGAAUCAAAUCCUGCCCACUAUGGCUUCUUUUGGAGGUGGUUUGAUGAAAUCUUUACUCUGCUAGAUCUUCUCCUUCAGCAGCAUUACUUGUCUAAAACUAGUGCCUCGUUUUCUGAAAACUUUUAUGGCUUAAAGCGGGUUGUAAUGGGGGACACACACAAGUUUCAGAGAUUGGCCAGCGCAGGUCUCCCAAAGAAGCAGCUUUGGAAAUCUAUUAUGUUCCUGGUUCUUCUUCCCUAUCUGAAAGUGAAGCUGGAGAAGCUGGUUUCUAGCCUGAGAGAAGAGGAUGAAUAUUCUAUUCAUCCCCCUUCUUCCCACCGGAAACGAUUUUACCGAGCCUUCCUGGCAGCCUACCCAUUUGUCAACAUGGCCUGGGAAGGCUGGUUUCUUGUACAGCAACUUCGAUACAUCCUAGGAAAGGCUCAGCAUCACUCACCACUGCUGAGGCUGGCUGGAGUUCGGUUAGGUCGACUGACAGUUCAGGAUAUACAAGCACUGGAGCACAAACCAUUUGAAGCCAGCAUGAAGCAACCACCAGCCAGUGUUAGUGAGAAGAUAAAGUCAACUCUGAAGAAAGCUGUGGGAGGUGUUGCCUUAUCCCUCUCUACUGGCCUUUCUGUAGGUGUAUUCUUUCUGCAGUUCCUUGAAUGGUGGUACUCAUCUGAAAAUCAAGAAACCAUCAAAUCAUUGACUGCCCUGCCUACUCCACCACCACCUGUACACCUGGACUACAACUCUGAUUCUCCCCUACUACCCAAAAUGAAGACUGUGUGCCCGCUGUGUCGUAAAACCCGGGUGAACGACACCGUUCUUGCCACUUCUGGCUAUGUGUUUUGUUAUCGCUGUGUGUUUAGUUAUGUGAGGAGUCACCAAGCUUGUCCCAUUACAGGGUAUCCCACAGAAGUGCAACAUCUGAUUAAAUUGUACUCCCCUGAGAACUGAAAGUAAUUAGCAUCUUAUCUCGCAACUACUGCACUAAGGUCAUAGGGCUGAGUUUCAGCAUAAUACAUAGUAUGUGAUUACUUCUCAGCCUCAGUUCAGAAUUGCAUGAAUUUUAAACAACUAUAUAUUCCUGGAAACCCUGGUGGCGUAGUGGUUAAGUGCUACGGCUGCUAACCAAAUGGUCGGCAGUUUGAAUCCGCCAGGCACUCCUUGGAAACUCUAUGGGGCAGUUCUACUCCGUCCUACAGGGUCGCUAUGGGUCAGAAUCGACUCGAUGGCACUGCAUUUGGUUUUUUUUGGUAUACAGAUUUCUUUAAAAGAAUAUAUCCAUUUGAUCCUAAACUUUUGGCCUGCUCUCUAGAUCCCUACUUAUAGCUGACCCAUAUGUUUAGAGUAUAAAAGUCAGGAUUGGCAGGGGAAGUGAGGGCCAGUGUAGAGGAAGUGGAUAGAAAAGGAUAAUUAGUACUGAAGGUUUUCCCAUCUCUCCUGAGAGCUUCUAUACCUCUAUUCUUUAAAGAGAGAGAUACUGAGCCAUACAUAUCUUUAUGAGCCAUACGUAUCUUUUCUGGGAAAUGGGUUAAAGGAAAUAGGGACUGAGUGUUUAUAUUUAGAGUAGACUGAAGAUUUUAGAGUGAAAGAAAAGCUAACAGGAAUGAAGAGGUAAAGGUAAAAUACUGAUCUAAAGUCUUCCUGCUUGCUGUUUUAUUCGGUUGCUAAGCUGGCAUGAAUUAUUCUGCCUAUUACUAAGGUUUCUAUGAAACACUUCUUAAUUUUAAGAAUAAAUGUUGCUGGCAAAGAGCUGUCCCAUGUUAUGAUUAUGUGGGAACUUAAUGAUAGCUUGAGGUGCUUAAAAUAAAAUUUUCAUUUAUAUCACUUUA